GUUCUGUGUUCCUUCAUUUGAAAGAAACCAUCACAAGUCAAUAAAGAUAAACAUGGCCGAUUCAAUAGAAAAUAUUCUUUUAAAUUUGUUACAAAAUACGACUAAUGAAGGCCAAGUACAGGGUUUUCAAGAAAUCAAAGCAUUAUUCAAGGACCCAAUGGUAAAUGUUUCAUUAUGUAAAUGUAUCGCUCAGUCUCAGGAUCCACAAGUGAGAAGGUAUGCUGCACUCCUUUUAAGAAGGCGAUUGCUGAAAGCUAAACAAUGGAGAAAAGUUCCUCCAGAUGUAAAACAAGGGUUGAAACAGACAAUACUUGAAGCCUACAUCAAGGAUACUGAGAAAACUGUUCGUAAUGCCAUUGCUGAAUUAAUUGGAGCAGUUGCAAAACAUGAACUUUCAGAUGGAAAAUGGCCGGAACUGAUGGAACUUUUAAAUCAGUGUAUUCGAAGCAACAAUGUCAUUGAUAGAGAGGUCGGACUUUACUCCUUGAGUGUCAUUACUAAAGCUUUGGGCCCAAAACUCAAGCCCCAUUUCAAAGGUCUUCUGAGUUUAUUUCAAAAUACUUUAACAGACAGAUCAAGUAUAGAAAUACCAUUCUAUACCAUAAAAGCACUUACUAAUAUGGUUUGCAGUAUAGGAACUGAAGAAAUGAAUUUAUUCCAAGGCCUAGUUCCCAGUGUUAUAAUGAUGAUAAAGCUUUUGGCCUCCGGUGAUCAGGAAAAGGCAUGUGAAUCUAUGGAGAUCUUUGAUGAGCUGGUAGAGUCGGAAGUUGCUGUCCUUGCUCCGCAUAUGAAAAGUCUCAUUGAAUUGUGCUUGGAGAUAGCUGCAUCAGAAAAAUUUGACAGUGAGCUUAGAAUUAAAGCUGUGAAUAUUGUUGCUUAUUUGAUUCGUUUAAAGAAAAAGGCAAUCAUAAAACAAAGACUUGCUCAACCAAUCCUUGAUGUUUUCUUUCCCUUGAUGUGCGUCCCAUGUCCUGGUGAUACAGAUGAAGACAAUGAUGAUGAGUUAGAACUGUCUUUACCUUCUGCUGCUGGACAGGCUCUUGAUGUAAUGGCUUUGCAUUUACCCCCUGCAAAGUUUAUUCCACUACUGAUGCAUCAUCUAGAGCCUGCAUUACAGCAUCAAAACCCCCAUCAUAAGAAAGCAGCUUACCUUGCAAUAUCAGUCAUUGCAGAAGGAUGUUCUGAAUUCAUCAGAUACAAAUAUCUGCAAAAUUUUGUUCAAAUAAUAUGUCGAGGUAUAAAAGAUCAAGAUGCUAUUGUUCGCAAUGCAGCACUCUAUGCGGUUGGACAGUAUGCUGAAUAUUUACAGCCAGAUAUAAGUAAAUAUGCAUCUGAGCUUCUUCCUGUACUUUUUGAACACUUGGAUCGGGCAUGUGUAUCUUUAAAGGAAGGCAAUAAAGACUCUCCGAGCUUACUGAAAACAUUUUAUGCUGUUGAAAGAUUCUGUGAAAAUUUAGAGGAUAUAGUACCAUAUUUGCCUACAUUGAUGUGUUGCUUGACAACCUUUCUUGGGAUAGAAAACGAAAACUCUGUAACUGUCAAAGAAUUAGCCGUUGAAGCAAUAGGAUCAGUUGCUGCAGCUGCUAAAGAGCAUUUUGUUCCUUAUUUUCCUGCUGUGGUGGAAGUACUGAAAAAAUUCAUUUCUGAAACUCAGACAGAUGUUACAAGACCCUUGCAGAUACAGUCAAUCGAUACACUAGCAAUUAUUGCCAGAAGUGUAGGUACUGAAGUAUUUUUACCUAUUGCACAUGAAUGUGUUAAAUGUGGUCUGCACUUAAUGCAAGAAAAUGAUGAUCCUGAUAUUCGUCGUUCUUGUUAUGGUUUAUUUGCUUCAGUGUCAGUUGUUCUGAAAGCUGAUAUGGCUCCUUAUUUGUCUACCAUUGUAGAUCUCAUGCACAUAACCCUUAAGUCUGCUGAAGGAAUUAGUAUAAAUACAAGUUAUGGAGACAGCAAUACUGCUUUCACCUUGUUUGAAGAUGAUGACGAUGAUGAUGAAGAAAAUGGUCAGAUGAAUGAUGGCAAUAUUCUAAAUUUAGAUGAGAAAGAAGAAGAAGAUGAUGAUGAUGAUGAUGUUACUGGGUACAGUGUUGAGAAUUCUUAUAUGGAAGAAAAAGAAGGAGCUUGUUUAGCUCUCAAAGAAAUGUGUGAAGAAGUUGGCUUGCAUUUUGUGCCAUACAUUGGCAAUUCUUUCAAUGAGGUAAAAAAACUGACUGAAAGCCCAUCCGAUGACAUCAGGAGGGCAGCCAUUAGUUGCUUAACUCAGUUUUGUAUUUCUCUGAAUCAAAUACAUAUUGAGACUGGAAAUCUCGAGUGCAGAGUUGCUCUAGAAGAAAAACUUGCAACUCUGAUGCCAAAGAUGUUUACACUUGCCCGAGAAGACACUGAGCAUACAGUUGUCAUUUCUUGUCUUGAAAACUUGCAACUUCUUGUUGAUAAAGUAAAGCAAAUUACUCUGUACGGUGGAAAUAUAGAUGCAAUUAGUUCAUUAAUCAAAGACGUGUUUAAGAAUAAGUUGGCUUGUCAAGACGAAGACGGUGAUGAAGAUGAUCAGGAAGCCGAGUAUGAUAGCAUGGUUAUGGAAUAUGCAGGGGAGUUAAUUGCUUCCCUUAUUAAAGUUGUACCCUGGCAACAGUUCGCUCCGUACUUGGCGGGUUUGAUGCCUCUCCUUUUGGCAAGAACGAAAAAAGCCUGCACAACAUCUGAAAAAUCUUUUGCUGUGGGCACGCUUGCUGACAUCGUCAGCUCUAUGGAGCCUGGAUCUGUUCAACCUUUCUUAGUUCACUUGCAACCUGUUUUUCUCAGUGGUAUGAAAGAUGAAAAUGAAGAAGUGAGAAGUAAUGCAGUCUAUGGUCUUGGUGUGCUGAUCCAAAAUGCUGGAUCUUUAGUUUUCGAUCAAUAUUCACUAUAUUUGCAAGCAUUGUCCAACAUUAUUGCUAGUGAGCAAGAUGCCCGCACAAAAGACAACAUUUGUGGUGCUGUUGCAAGAUUGAUAAAAAGCAAUCCUUCUGGUGUACCAUUGAAAGAAGUGUUUCCAGCGUUGAUCCACUCUCUUCCCCUGCAGGAAGAUUUAGAAGAAAAUUCUACAGUUUUUGAAUGUUUGUCAUUUUUGCAUAGCAUAAGAGCAGAAGAAUUCUUUCAAAAUUUACCUCAUGUUGUGAAAGUUUUAUGUGAAGCUUUAAGUAGCAGUAAACUUAAUGAAAGUACAGUUCAUACAGCAACAUCUUUACUGAAAAACUUAUGCUCUGAAUUUCCUCAACAAAUGGACUCUUUAAAAAGCUCUUUCCCUCAAGAAAGUAUUGAAAUUAUUGAAAAAGUUAAAUCCAUAUAGCAUUUAUGUAAAAAGAUAUUAAAUAAAUUCUUCAUUUCAUAA